AUGCCUGACACUGUGUCUCCUGACGGUACUGAGGGUGAUUUGCAAGGGGCCCAUUUCGUAAAGCCUUCUGUCCAACCCCCUGGUCAUUUCCAUGCGGCUGCGGGAAAUGUAGGUCUAGUUGAAGGGUGGAAAAUCUGGAGACAGCAAUGGGACAACUACACUAUUCUCACAAACCUCUCCAAACAACCAGAUCGGUACCAAACUGCACUACUACUGCACAGUGUGGGACAAGAUUGUCUGCGUGUCUACAACGGCAUGAAGUUUGCUAAUGCCGCUGAAAGUGUGAAAUGCUCUGUGAUACUGGAUAAGUUUGAUAAACAUUUCCUUGGUGAGAGCAGAGAAUUCUUUGAAAGAUUCAAGUUCAAUCAACGCAGUCAGGAAGAUGGUGAAUCUAUUGAACAGUAUGUGACAGUUCUGCGUACAAUGAGUAAGACGUGUGGAUUCUGUGACUGCAUGAAUGACAAAUUGCUCGUUGAUCGUGUUCUACUGGGAGUACGUGAUGAUCGUAUGCGAGAACUACUCAUCUCCAAAUCUGAUCUUGACCUCUCUACUGCCAUUGAUGUUUGUAAAGCAGUUGAAGCGACGUCUACUCACAUGAAGGCGUUGAAAAGUGAGGAAAUCAACAGGGUGAAUCGAAAACCUUUCCCUAAACAUGCUAAAACUGGAAGUGGAAAGCAGAAGUUUGUAAAGCAGAAGCCGAAAGAGCUCAAAAAGUGCAAGUUCUGUAAUAAAUCACACGAAAUGAAGAAGGAAUGCUGCCCUGCAUGGGGUCAAAAGUGCAAUGUGUGCCAUAAGCCCAAUCACUUCAAGGGAUCUGCAGUGUGUACUUCCAAGAGUGUUCACCAACUCGAAGAUGAUGAGUACUCCUCCACUGAAAGUAUCAGUGUUGUACAGAUAAAUACAGUAAGUCCUGAAGAUGGACCAAUUUUUUGCAACAUGCUACUAAAUGGUCGAAGAGUACAGUUCCAGUUGGACUCUGGAGCAACAGUGAGUGUUCUCCCACAGAAGUUUCUGUCUGAAGAAGAUGUAGUGAGAAAUGAAUGCAUCCAUGACAAGGAAUCCAGCUACUGGAAAAAAAAGUACAGGAUUGACUAUGUCAUAGUUAAGGAGGAUCUGACUCCACUGCUAAGCAAAACAGCUUCUGAGAAGAUGCAGCUUAUCACUGUUCACUACGAAUCUAUGGAAAUAGUCCACAACAUAUUUCCUGAGAAUGUCUGCAACCUAGCUCCUGAGAAUCUUCACAAAGAGUAUCCUGUGGUCUUCUCAUCCUCUGUGACUGGUACUCUGCCGGGGAACGAUGUUCAUCUGACUGUUAUGGAUGAUGCUACCCCUAGUGUUCGUCCUGCUAGAGUGAUACCAGAAUCCUUGAGAAGUAUUGUGAAGGAUGAACUUGAUGCACUGCAGACAAGAGACCUGAUUGAGGAAGUAAGUUCUCCGACUGACUGGGUAAGCCAGAUGGCUGUUGUACAGAAGAAAUCUGGUAAAGUGCGUGUGUGCUUAGACCCUAGACCACUCAAUCUCGUGCUGAAAAGAGAACAUUAUCCUCUGCCUGUUCUCGAUGAUAUCCUGCCUCAACUGUCCAAUGCAACGGUCUUCUCCAUCUGUGAUCUCAAAGAUGGAUAUUUGCACUGUGUUCUUGACGACGACUCAAGUCUGCUAACUACCUUUGCAACACCAUGGGGAAGGUAUAAAUGGAAACGUCUACCAUUUGGCUUGAAGGUUAGCAGCGAAAUCUUCCAAAAGAGACUUCAUCUAGCACUGGAUGGUCUUCAAGGGGUACGAUGUGUGGCAGAUGACAUCAUAAUCUGGGGUAACAGUGAUGCUGAGCAUGAUACCCGACUACAGAGUCUUCUACAGAGAUGCCACAUAGUAUCCAACUCUGGACUGAAAGCUGAUCCAUCCAAGAUCGAUGCAAUCCUGAACAUGAGUUCUCCAACCUGCAAGGAUGACAUCCAUCGCUUACGUGGCAUGGUCAAUUAUUUGGCCAGGUAUCUGCCCAAACUAUCUGAUGUCAUGAAGCCUCUCAAUGACUUACCCACAACAACUCUGCGUCGACUUGGGACUCCAACCAUGACAAAGCCUUUAGGUUGCUGA